GCGUGCCCGGGCCACGCGACGAGCAGCGGAUCAUGUCGCGGCUGGCCCUGGAGGAGCUGGCCGAAACAGAGCUGCAGAGAGAUGAAGAGGAGGCAGCCGCCCUGAGCGUAACGAGAAGACCCCCGGCGGUGCCCGCGGCUGGCCAGGACCCUGCGCUGAGCGUGAAUCACCCCUUCUACGAUGUGGCCAGACACGGUAUCCUGCCCGUGGCAGGGGAGGACCGCCUCAGAAGACGAGUCAUCACCUUCAGCUGCUGCCAGAUGCCCCCGUCCCACGAGCUCAACCACAGGCAUCUGCUGGAAGCAGCCGCAGCGCUGGGGCCCCCCGAGACCCAGCUCCCUAUCCCCACCCGUGCCCCGCACCCCUUGGGAGCGGCUUGGCGCCGGGGGAUAUUUUCCCUGAGCGACGUCCUGUGGGACGAUCAGGGAUGGGAAGGGUCUGCACGCGGCGGCCCGCAGUCGGUGUCGGGUGCGGAGACGGAGGAGCCAGGUGGGGCCGGCGGUGAGCGCCAGCCUCCAGCUGGGGCAGUCAGAGCGGCCAGGCGGAGGAGGCGGCCUUUGAGCAGCCCCGGGAGGGACGGGUGGGGCAUUGCUGGGCGGCAGACCCAGGAGAGAGUCCGGUACAAAAAGAACUUGAAGGCGCUGUACAUCGUGCACCCCACCAACUUCAUCAGAGUCCUGUGGACCAUCUUCAAACCCCUCAUCAGUCAUAAGUUUGGGAAAAAAGUCACCUAUUUCAACUACUUGAGUGAGCUCCGCGAACACCUCAAAUAUGACCAGCCGAUCGUCCCCCACAGAGGUUCUGCGCCGCGCUUCUGCUGUGUCCGCAGGCAUGACGGGAAGCUCCGGAACGCGCACCAGGGCAGGGUCCCCCCUCCCGCCAAGACGCCGCCGCCGCGGCCCCCUCUGCCCACCCAGCAGUUUGGCGUCAGUCUGCAGUACCUCAAGGACAAAAAUCAAGGUGAACUCAUCCCUCCCGUGCUGAGAUUCACAGUGGCGUACCUGAGCGAGAAGGGACUCCGCACUGAGGGCCUGUUCCGGAGAUCGGCCAGCGUCCACGCCGUCCAAGAUCACAAGAUUCAGCGGCUGUACAAUCAAGGGAAACCCGUGAACUUUGACGACUAUGGGGACGUCCGUGUCCCUGCCGUGAUCCUGAAGACCUUCCUGCGAGAGCUUCCCCAGCCGCUGCUGACCUUCGGGAUCACCAGUGAGCAGAUCCUCGGGAUCACCAGUGUGGAGAGCAGCCUGCGGGUGACCUGCUGUCGCCAGAUCCUGCAGAGCCUUCCGGAACACAACUACGCCAUCCUCUGAUACCUCAUGGGCUUCCUGAAUGAGGUGUCCCGGGAGAGCAUUUCUAACAGAAUGAACAGCUCCGACCUGGCGUGCGUCUUCGGGCUGAAUCUGAUCUGGCCGUGCCAGGCGUCCUCCCUGAGUGCCCUCGUGCGCCUGAACCUGUUCACCGAGCUGCUGAUCGAGUACUACGAGAAGGUCUCCGCCCCGGAGGCCCGCGGGGAGCCUGGCGCCGGCGGCCCUGAGGCCGGGGGGCGGGGCGGCCCCUGCUCUAGGCUGCAUGGGGGCCGGACACCCCCAGGACCCGGCCUCGCGCCCCGCACCUCCACGGCCCCUGACGGUGCCCGGGGGACUCCUGUAGCGUGGGACAUGUCACGGCGAGGCCACCUGUGCGCUCUGGCCUCGUGUGCCGUGAACUUGCCAUUGAGCAGACUUCCCAUGAGCCUUCUAGUGACGGCCGGGGUUCUGGCCCUUCGGCCCUGGUGCCUGAGAGCAGGAUGGACCUGUGGGAUCGUGACCAGCGCAGCUUCAGUGGAGAUGGGAAUUCACUGCCGGGCACGGAGAGCCGAGCGGGCCCCAGGGGCCUCCCGGAGACGAGCCACGGCCUCCGGGGCCCACGGGGCAGGCCGCAGGCGGAGAUCGGGGCGGCGGGUCCACAGGCCAGGGGGCGCCACAGCUCGCCAGCGGGCAGAGAACAAGGACACAGGUGGCACCAGCUUCUGCUCCCCAGCCCCGGGGGGCCCGGCCCUGGGCGCCUGUGGGGGCAAGGUGGGCUCUCCUGGAACCCCCCACAUGGGGUUGGAGGGCGAGGACAAGGUGGAGUGUGGACGCCCCUCCCCCCAUGCAGCCGCAGGGCCCUGGUCUCUGCAGCGGCCUGGCCCCAGCCUUCUCACACCCCCACCCUCCACCCUCACUGGCUGA